AUAAAUAAUUAUAUAAUAUAUUUACGAUAUAAAGAUUUGUAAGCCAUAGGGAGCAGUAAAUGAAAAAAUUUAGCCAAAUUUGGGAAACAUAUAUGCCAAGCAUUCGAAAACUACAAAGUCACAAGCUAUGAUAUUUUUAUAAAUACUGGGUUUAAAGAUUCAAUAUACUAACAUGUUUUCUAUCAUGUUUAAAUCCAAUUGUAAUAAAGUUGUACACGUCUUAUUACGAAAAUACAGUGUAAAAACAUUAGGAGAGAACGCUUUAACAGUUGGAAACAGCAAAUAUUUACUAGAUGAUUUUACUAAUGUAACACCUAAAAUAUUAUCCCUUUUAGGGACAAACUUACAUACUACUCCCAAUCAUCCUUUAUGCCUUAUAAGAAAAAGAAUAAUCAACUACUUUUAUAAAAGAUUUGUCAAUGCAAAAGGUAACCCCUUAUUCAGUGUUUAUGAUGAUUUGCAUCCUAUAGUUACUGUACAACAAAAUUUUGAUAAUCUUUUAAUACCUGAAUCCCAUCCAAGUCGAGCAAAAUCUGAUUGUUAUUAUAUAAAUUCAAAUGAAUUACUUCGAGCACAUACAACAGCACAUCAAGUGGAUUUGUUGCGAUCAGGGCUUAAUAACUUUUUAGUAUGUGGAGAAGUUUUUAGGAGGGACGAGAUUGAUUCUACACAUUAUCCUGUUUUUCACCAGAUAGAUGGAUUGAGACUUCUGAAUAAACAUCAGCUGUUUAAAAGCGAUGGUCAGCUUGAAAUAUUUGAGAAAACAAAUACUAAAAAUGCAGUUAUUAAUGACUAUUUGAAACAGGAUUGUCAUACACUUGAAUCUGUUAAGUUGGCUGAACAUGAGUUGAAAAAUACUUUAUCAGGCUUAUCAAAAUCUUUAUUUGGAGAGAAUAUUAAAACACGUUGGACGGACACUCAAUUUCCAUUCACAUAUCCGUCUUGGGAACUGGAAAUAUAUUACAAAAAUAGAUGGUUAGAAGUACUAGGAUGUGGUAUAGUUAGGAAUGAAAUAUUGCAGAAAGCAGGAGUAAUUGAGGAUACUAUCGGAUAUGCCUUUGGUAUUGGUUUGGAAAGGCUAGCUAUGGUUUUGUAUGAUAUUCCUGAUAUAAGAUUAUUUUGGAGUAAAGAUUCAGGAUUUUUAAACCAAUUCAAUGAAACUGAUUUAUAUAAAGAUAUACAAUAUAAACCAGUAUCAGUAUACCCUCAGUGCAUUAAUGAUUUAUCAUUUUGGCUACCAAACGACACAACCAUUGAGGAAUUCGUAUUAAAUGAUUUCUAUGAUAUUGUUAGAGAUAUUGCUGGAAAUACAUUAGAACAAGUCAAACAAAUAGACAGCUUUGUCCAUCCAAAAACAGGCCGGUCAAGUUUAUGCUUCCGCUUAACAUACCGCCAUAUGGAAAGAACUUUAACACAAGCAGAAGUUAAUGAAUUACAUUCAAAAAUUAGUGAUAAAGUUGUACAAACAUUUGGAGUCACAAUACGAUAGAAUAUAAACUUGAAUAAAUUGUUAUACAAUGCCAUGAUGCAAUUGUAUUAUUUUCACUAAAGUUUAUUAAAUAUCAGGCAUGUGAUAUAGGACUAAUCGCAUAUUUAUUAAAUGUAUCCUGUGGUGA